AUGGCACAGCUGGCACAGCUGGCACAGCUGGCACAGCUGCUGGCACAGCUGGCACAGCUGGCGGCUCCCAGCCUCGCGGGGGUUGCAGAGCCGCUGGAGAACGACUCGGAGCCGGGCAAGGCUGGGAAACCCUGGAAAGCCCAGCCCGACCUGGAGGAGCUGGACCUGGGCACGGCAGGCAAAGGCGCCGCCUGGACCUCCUGGUUCAACAUCGACCACCCGGGCGGCGACGGCGACCACGAGAGCCUGGCCGCCAUCCGCUUCUACUACGGCUCGCGGGUGUGCGCUCGCCCGGUGGCGAUGGAGGCUCGCAGCGCGGACCGGCGCUCGCCCGAGGCGCUGGGCCAGCGGGUGCUCGCCAGCCCCGAGCGCGGCCUGCGCUGCCUGAACCGCGAGCAGCGCCCGGGCACGGCCUGCGCCAACUACAGCGUGCGCUUCCUGUGCCCGCGGGGGGACGUUUACUGGUCGCACUGGUCGCCCUGGAGCCCCUGCUCGAGCAGCACCUGCGGCACCCGGGGCACGCAGAGCCGCGCUCGGCGCUGCCGCAGCUCCCGCAGCCCCGCCCCGCUCAAGGAGCUGCAGUGCCGCGGCAAGGCCAGCGAGCGGCGCUCGUGCGGCGCCCCCUGCCCAGGUACGGGACUCACCUGGGCACAGGUGGGGGUCACAAACCCCGCCCAGGUACGGGACACUCACCUGGGCACAGGUGGGGGUCACAAACCCCGCCCAGGAACCCCCAAACCCUGCCCAGGUAGGUCCCCCUCGGCGCCCCCCUCACCGUCCCCCGCGGGCUGCCCGGGGCUGGCGCUGCACGGCACCGUGGUGACAUCCAGCGGGGUGGCGCUGCCCGGGGCCCUCCUCUACCUGGCCGGCCACCCGGCCGUGCCGCUGGCCCGCAGCGACGCCCGCGGCCGGUUCGCGGCCUCGGGGCUGUGCCCCGGCCCCUCGGCCAACAUCAGCGCCCGCCGCGACGGCUUCGCCCCGGCGCUGGCGCCGAUCGUCACCAACGGCUCGGGCGUGGCCGUGGCGCACCUGAGGCUGCGGCGGCUCGAGAAGCCCUACAUGGUGCUGCACCCCGCGGCCAAGGUGCGGGAGGCCGGGCAGGACGUGACCUUCUGCUGCAAAGCCUCGGGCACCCCCGCGCCCCAAAAAUAUUUCUGGUACCACAACGGGACGCUGCUGGAGGGGCCAGCCCAGCGCUCCAGCGGCCGCCUGGAGCUGCGGGGGCUGGCACCGCGGCAGGCGGGCACCUACCACUGCAAAGCCAGCUCCGAGGCGGGCGCCAUCCGCUCCGAGCCCGCGCGGCUCACCGUGCUGGCCCAGGGCCAGCAGAGCUGCAGGGCGGAGCCGGAGCCCAGCCUGGUGGAGCUGCCCAGCGAGUGCCCGCAGGACGCCGGCGGCUCUCGCUACUACAACGUGGGGCGCUGCCCGGCCUCGCCGUGCCCGGGGGGCCCCGCGGGGUGCGGGGAGCAGCCGGGGCGCUGCUGCGGGGUGCGCAGGAUGGAGCUGAGGCAGGUGCGGUGCGCGGGAUCCGUGCUGCCCGUCAAGGUGGUGGCCGAGUGCGGCUGCGGGCCCUGCGCCCAGCCCCGGGUGCUGGUGCAGGGCCGGGUGACGGCGGCCGACACCGGGGAGCCGCUGCGCUUCGGCCACAUCUUCCUCGGGGGGAGGAAAGUGGGUUUCACCGGCUACCAGGGCUCCUUCACCAUCGAGGUGCCGCCGGACACGCGGCGCUUGGUCGCCCGCUUCGUGGACGGCCGGCAGCGCUUGGUGGACGCGGUCAAGGUGCUGCCCUUCGACCGGCGAGGAGGAGCCGUGUACCACGAGGUGAAGAUGCUGCGCAAGAAGGAGCCGGUGGAGCUGGACGGCGGCCGCAGCAACGCCAUCCCGCUGGGGGAGUCCGGCGGCCGGGAGCCCGUCGGGGAGCUGCUGCUGCCGGCGGGAGUUUUCCUCCGGCCGUCCGGGGAGGUUUUUAACGGCACGGUCAAAGCCAGCGUCACCUUCGUGGACCCCCGGGACAUGGGCACGGCCAGCGCAGCCUCCAGCGACCUGAGCUUCGCCAACGCCGAGGGGGAAAUCGUCCCGCUGCGCACCUACGGGAUGUUCGCCGUGGAUUUCCGAGAAGGGGAGAGCGGCGCGGAGCUGCAGGCGGGGCCGGUGCAGGUGAGGAUGGACGCGGGGCAGGUGUGGAUGGCGGAGCACCUGCAGAAGAUGAAGCUGUGGUCCCUGAACCCCGAGAGCGGCCUGUGGGAGGAGGAGGGCGUGCUGAGGCCGGCGGGAGGCGGCCGCAGGAAGAGGGAGGAGAGAACAUUCCUGGUGGGCAACCUGGAGAUCCGCGAGCGGCGCCUCUUCAACCUGGACGUGCCCGAGGAUCGCCGCUGCUUCGUCAAGGUCAGGGCUUACAGCAACGAGAAGUUCAACCCCUACGAGCAGCUGGAAGGGGUGGUGGUCAGCCUCGUCAACCUGGAGCCGCAGCCCGGCUUCCCCAGCAACCCGCGGGCCUGGGGCCGCUUCGACAGCGUGGUCACCGGCCCCAACGGCGCCUGCUUGCCCGCCUUCUGCGACAGCCAGCGCCCCGACGCCUACACGGCGCUGGUCACGGCCACGCUGGGUGGCGAGGAGCUGGAAGCCGUGGCCUCCAGCCCUAAGCUCAACCCCAACGCCGUGGGGGUGGCCCAGCCCUACCUGGGCAAGCUGGGCUACCGGCGCUCGGACCACGAGGACGCGGCGCUGAAGAAGACGGCGUUCCAGAUCAACGUGGCCAAGCCCGACCCCAACAACGUGGACGAGAGUAACGGGCCCGUCUACUCCUACCGGAGCCUGCGGGAGUGCGAGGAGGCGCCGGUCAGCGCCAACCACCUGCGCUUCUACCGCGUGGAGGUGGACAAGUACGAGUACAACGUGGUGCCCUUCAAGGAGAGCGACGUCACCUCCUGGACCGGCGACUACCUGGCGUGGUGGCCCAACCCGCAGGAGUUCCGCGCGUGUUUCAUCAAGGUGCAGCUGGAGGGGCCGCAGGAGUACAUGGUGAGGUCGCGGAACGUCGGGGGGAGCCACCCCCGCACUCGGGGCCAGCUCUACGGGCUGCGGGACAGCCGGAGCGUGCGGGACCCGCUGCUGGACAGCACCUCGGCGGCCUGCGUGGAGUUCAAGUGCGGCGGGAUGCUCUUCGACCAGAGCCUGGCGGACAGAACGCUGGUGUCCAUCGCGCCGCAGGGCAGCUGCCGCCGCACGGCCAUCAACGGGCUGCUGAGGGACUACCUGAGCCGCCACCCGCCGCUGGCCGACAACAACCACACCGGGGCUUUCUCCAUGCUGGCCCCGCUGGACCCGCUGGGCCACAACUACGGCAUCUACACCGUGACGGACCAGAACCCGCGGCUGGCCAAGGAAAUCGCCAUCGGCCGCUGCUUCGCGGGCACCUCGGAUGGUUUCUCCAGGGAGAUGAGAGCGGGGCAGGGCACGGCCGUCACCUUCAGCUGCCAGGAGCGCCCGCCGGGCAGGGAGAGCUUCUUCCAGCGCCUGCUGAGCGCUCCGGCCGAGGCGCUGCAGGAGAUCCGCAGGGAGAUGGGGAGAGCCGAGCUGCGCCGCGCUCCCCCCGAAGUGAUGGACUUCUCCUCCGGAGCCCCCGGCCCCACCCGCCGGACCCCCCAGCGGAGACCGGGCCGGCUGAGGGGACAGCGCUGAGUCCCCUCCGUGUCCCCUCCCCGGCGCUGCUUU